ACACCUCAAACAAUUUAACUUCUCUUUAACUCCUAACUCAGACUAAUCAGAAUUUUUCUGGGCAUGUGGUCUAGGCAUCUGCAUUCUGUGAGUGACUACUGAGUACCUACUUGGGCUGGAUUGUGCUAAGGACUAAAGAGGUGGUGGUAAAUAAGACAAAGUCUUAUGGAGCUUGCAAGUUAGUAGAAGUGAUGGUGAUAAAAGAGAAAAAUAAAUACUCAAGAGCAUUUCAGAUAAGUGCUGUAAAGGAAAAAUGGAGUUCUGAGAUAGAGAAAAACUGAGAAGGGGCUACUUUAGUUAGGAUAGUGAGGGUGACCAGCAGAGGUACCAUUCAGGCUGAGAUAUAAGCCAUGAGGAGGUGGACAAGCAGAGGUCUAAGCAAGGAGGAGCAUUUCAGACAGGGGGACCAGUAAACACAAAGAUGCUAGUCCAUGCUUGGAGAGUUCAAGGAAGAGAAGAGAAGCCUGUCAUGUGGAUGCAGCAGGACAAGCAAGGGAGGAGAGGAGAGGAGAGGGUGAGCCUGGGAAGAGGCUGGGUCAAAUCAUGAGCCUGUAGGACACGGUCUUCCCACGGAUAGAUACAGCAACAGGAAGCUGCUAGGAGGUUUUCAGCAAGCAAGGGCAUAUGAUCUGACUUAAGCUACCUGCUGUAUGAGGGCAAGAAAUGCAACAAGGAAGUGGGUAAGAAACGAUGAUGUCUUGGAACAUAGGGGUAGUAUUGGAGAAGAUAGAAGAGGUCAGACUGAGGAUACAUUUUGGAUACGAAGCUUGCUGAUGAACUGAAGGGGGCUAGGUGAAGAAGACAGAAACAAUGACUGGGGACAUUUACAAAGAUUUGAAAUACUUGAGAAAGCUGGGGGUUGGGUGAGGGGAACCAAUCGUUCUGUCGAGGUCAUCUUAAGAGGCUUUUUUUGGGUCUUAUUUUAUUUAUUUAUUUUUUCCCUGGUACUGAGCAGCCUGUGGAAUCUUAGUUUCCCAACCAGGGACUGAACCAAGGCCAUGGCACUGAAAGUGCUGAGUUCUAACCACUGGACUGCCAGGGGAUUCCUGAGGUCAUUUUUUAUAAGAUAAAUACUAGACAUCCAAGUACAGAUCUGGCUAUAAAUUAUCUUUCCAGACUUACCCCUUCCCCAUGAACUCAUUAUAUAUGGGCCAUCCUUAAUCCAAAGUGUACUGUUUCUCAAGACUCAUAGACACAGAAAAUCUUACGGGUACUAAAGGGGAAAGGCUGGGGUGGAUAAAUUAAGAGCUUGAGAUUAAUGGAUACAUACUACUAUACAGAAAAUAGAUAAAACAAUAAGAUCCUACUGUAUAGCUCAGGCAACUACAGAUAAUAUCCCACGAUAACCUGUAGUGGGAAAGAAUCUGAAAAAGACACAUAUCUUCCCUAAUAUCUCCAUCAGUUGUGGGAUUUGUGUCUCCUCAUAACACUGCCAUGGAAUCCACAAUGUUCCUAGAAUAUAAAAGGCUAUUCAUUCAAUGUGUUGAAUAAAUAAUGAUCAGGACACAUCCUGGGAUGACAGCCUGUGGUUAAUCUAGUCAUUGGAGAUCAAAGGUGGAAAGUUUUCUUAACCAUGGAGGAACUGAUGUUUGUGGAGUCCUCAGACCAUUGGUAAAGAACUCCCUAGUACAAUGUUAAGAGUCUCAGCUCAUGUAUAUCACUGCUUAUCUCUCAACAGUAAUGCAUGUAACCUGCUUAGGCCAAAAGUGUGCCCCUUAAAAAAAAAUGGAAUCUAUUUAGAACUUACUAAAGAAGGCUAUUAAUAGAAAAGCUGGUAUAUGAUCUUUCCCGAGAAAAAUACUGCCUUUGUGAUCAUCACCACUGCUGUGCCAUGCCCAGCUUUGAUAAGACCGGACUUUGGUCCACUGUACGUUCUGUGGGUACACGUUCAGCAUGCUGGGGUGCUAGAAUGGGCACUGAGCUCUGACCAUUUUCUGACCUUAGGCCCAACCUGUCCAUGAGGUGUCACUAAAACCAGACUGAUUGAUUUCAGUGUCUUCUGCUUCCCCAAGUGCCAGGUCAUGGAUUCUGAAGUGGAGAAGAGACCAUGACUGGCCGGACACUGGGUUUGGGGACACAAGCUGACAGACACCGAGAAAGCGAGAGAAAGAUGAGCUAGAAGUGGAGAGGAGUGAGCGUGCAGGGUGCUGGGUGGCGGCCUCGGCUCAGAAGGGCAUGAGAGGCAAGGAGGACUGCCGGAAGGAGAAAGCGUGUGAGGCUGAGAGAUUUAAAGGGGAUAAAAAUAUAAAGGAUGGAGAAGUAUGGAGCUGCUGAAGGAAGAUGGUAAAAGCACAACCUCAGUCAUCAUCUACUGAGUGUUGCUUGCAAGCCAGGCAUUAUGGUAAGGAUUUUAUAUAAAUUCUCUGACUUGACUUUUCUCAAGAUCUUGUAGUCGGUACUAUUAUUCAACCCAUUUUACAGCUGAAGGACAUAAAAAGCAGAGAGGUUAAGUAAUUUACUUGGGGUCACAGAGUUAGCAACUAGAACAGCUAGGAUUCAGGCUUAGCUCUGUUACUGUCAAAGCCUCAAUUCAUAACUGCUGCUUGCUAUCACCUUCUAAUGUUGAUUCAGGGACAUUUCUGCUCCCCAGGCCUGAUGCAGGCUGAGAAACACAACGUCUUCCAACAUCCCAAAGAGUGAGGUACUGGGUGAUGAGCUAAUUUGGAGGUGUAGUUCAAAAGCCUUGCUAUGACUGAGCUGUCUGCCAGGGCCAUGAGCCCUCAGAGCAUAGAUGCUCUCAUCCUUCAUCAGGGAAUAUUCACUCCAUUGUGUUGGGCCCCACCUCAAUGUUUUUUUAUUGUCUGCUCUCCACCAUGAGUAAUGCCACUUUCCAUUUUAAGCUGGGAGCUUCGGGAGAUGACCGUGAUGUAAGCCAGGGUUGCAAGCUAAGUGCUGCCUGGGGGAUUACUCACCCACUCUAAGAUGCGGCCAACAUCUCACCCGCCCACUCAGGAUGCUGCUGGAAUAGCCUCUUCCUUGCCAAAGCCUAAAGGAAAUCUGGUUUCUCCUGGAAUCAGGCUAGGAAUGGUGCCAGGUUAUCAGAAACUUGGCAAGUUAACUGGUUCUCCAAGUGGAACUACUGUGGUUGGUCUGGUCCCCUCCCAGGUGGUUGCUUGUUUAUUCAUUUGACAUUUGCAGAGGGCCUACUACGUGCCAGGCAUUCUGCUCCAUGAUAGAACAUUGCUACAGUGAUCUAGAUGGCUUUAGUUCUUGUCUUCAGGGAGCUAAGUCUAGGGGAGAAUAAGAAGGUAAUUCCAGUAAAAUGUCACAACCAGGAGAAUGAAAUAAAACAGUAUGCCAUAGGAAGCUCAGAGAGUUUGGGGAACUAACAGCUGAAGGAUUUAUGUCAAAGUAGGACAAGCAGGAGCUGGCUAAGCUCCUUAACUGUAAGCAACCAAUGACUUUAACAAUAAACAUAAAGAGAAUAUGGAGAACCCGCAGUUGCACAGAAUCAAUGGGAAGGUGUGGUACCCCCAAAUCACACUGCAAGAAGGGUCCAGCCAGAUCAAGACCUGUGUGUUUAUGCUGGGGCUUUAGAUGCUGGGCAGUCAAAAAGGAUGACAAAUGUCCAGGACAACAGGUACAAGUGGAGAAGGUGGGGAGGAGAAGGCUGUCUCAGAAUGACCUAAGACACUGAGUCAGAAAAGCCAAAAGGAACAGCUUAAAGGGAGCACUGACUUAACUGAGGGGAGCAGGCACUGGGGCCACAGCCAGGCUCUCACGGUUUCCUGAGUGAAUUACGUUUGCUGCUCAGAGACUUGGAGGCUCUGUGGGGAAAUAAGCCUAUUGACAGCAGCCUUGAAACAGCCACAACCAGCAGCUGCUGAGCCAUGGCUGAAGGAGAAACCACGACCUUCACGGCCCUGACUGAGAAGUUUAACCUGCCUCUAGGCAAUUACAAGAAGCCCAAGCUCCUGUAUUGCAGCAACGGGGGCUACUUCCUGAGAAUCCUCCCAGAUGGCACAGUGGAUGGGACGAAGGACAGGAGCGACCAGCACAUUCAGCUGCAGCUCUGUGCCGAAAGCAUAGGGGAGGUGUAUAUUAAGAGUACGGAGACUGGCCAGUUCUUGGCCAUGGACACCGACGGGCUUUUGUACGGCUCACAGACACCCAAUGAGGAAUGUUUGUUCCUGGAAAGGUUGGAGGAAAACCAUUACAACACCUACAUAUCCAAGAAGCAUGCAGAGAAGCAUUGGUUCGUUGGUCUCAAGAAGAAUGGAAGGUCUAAACUCGGUCCUCGGACUCACUUCGGCCAGAAAGCCAUCUUGUUUCUCCCCCUGCCAGUCUCCUCUGAUUAAAGAAAUCUGUUGUGGGUGCUGACCACUCCAGAGCAAUCUGAAGGGGUCCUCACCUGACUGACCCCAGAUUGUACCCUUUACCAUUGGCCGUGCUAACCCCUGGCCCACAGAGCCUAAACCUGUAACGCGCUUCUAAAUGCCCAGAUCACUAUUUUUAGAGCCCUUCGUCCUGGCACAGUUUGGAACUGAGGGACCAAAUGGCUUUUAGGGGCCAGCUGGCUGGCCAGUCUGGGUCUGGUUUGGAAGUCCAAUUGCCUCUGGGCAUCUGCUGCUGGCUGAGCCUCUCAAUGCAUGGGUGGGGCCAAAUGAAGUAUGAGCAGGGGGCUGCCAAGUGGGUUGGGAGUAACUGCAUGCAAUUCCCUCUACAGAGUAAACCCUGCCUGUGAGUCCCCCGAACAUCUGGCAUGAUUCCCUUUCAUCCUUUCAAUCCAUCACGAAUGUCAGCAGAAAAGUUGAUGGCUAGGUUGGAGGAAGGCAGCUUUCCAUGAGUGGAAACAUGGAUGAAGAAAUCCUCUCUCAAGAACAGAAGGGAUUCCAAUGGCAAGGGGAGGCUGACUGGAUUCGAGUGGCAUUUCAGUGCACAAUCCCACUGGGAGGACUGUGGGAGGCUCAGGCACAGGAGAGCAGAAUGAAGGCACAGCCUUAGGAGCUGUUACAAUGUCUUGAGAUCUCCCUGGUCAUUCAGCAGCAGGAAGCCCUUGGAUGAUGUCAGGUGGAGAGUAGAAGUGGGUUCUUUAUAAAAAUCAGGUUGGCAGGUGUUGCAAAAUUCAUUUGGGUCUGGGGAGUGGGUGUGGGAGUGAUAAGAUAGGGGAAGCAUGGGCUGAGAGGAUGUUAUUCGCCAAAAUGGAUAUUCUAGAAAUGAGAAGGAAAGAGAAAGGGACACCAUGACCUGUGUGUGGGCACCAGAAAGUACAGGUUUGGGGUCCUGGGGCACUGCUUACAAACCAUAGAGCAUCUUGUUUGACUGCAGAUUAUGGUUCAGUGGGUCUGUGGUGGAGUUUUCCCAUCUUACAAGCUCCUAGGUGCUGCAGAUGCUGCUGCCUAUCCACUCCACCCCCGCACAUUAAAUAGCAAGGUCCCUAAAAGUGUUAUUCAAAUAUAAAGGGGCUCAAACCCAGACCCCAUGCCCCAUGGAUCUUCCUGCACUCAGGCAGUUAUGCUUGAGUUAAGGAUUGUGGGUAUAAAGCGCUUUGGCCCAAUGCCUAUAAAAUGCUCAUUUAGAAGAUAUACAAAAGCAUACUUCAAAAAUGUUAAACCCUCACAAACAGCUUUUCCCAAAAGGCUGUUUGUGUGAUGAUUACUUAUAUAAAUAUGCUUCCUGCUUCAAGAAAACUUGACCCAAGUGGCUAGCAAAUUAGAAACACCAUUCAUCUCUGACAUGACACUGUUGCCAUGUAAAGGCCUUUAAUAAGCCAUUUAAAUUUACUGUGAGAUUGUACCUUCUACUCAUAUUUAAAAAUAUAUAGCUCAAAGGCAGUUAAACUCAUUAGUAUUCAGCCAUUGAGAAUGAUAAUAACAGCAUAUGCUAUAUAAGCUCCUUAAUUAUCUACUACUUAGACUACUACAUUUACCUUCGAAAAUGAGAUUUCUCUUUGUUUUUCACUGUGGUGUUAUAAAUUGUCUUUUGAAAAUGGGGACUCUCAAGCAAUGAUAUAAUUGUGUAUAAAAACUGAUGUGAUUUUCAGUAAUUAUUAAUUGAAAGGUAAUUCCUUAGUAAUUGAACUAUUAUGAAUAAGAAAAAUGGCAAUAUGUGAAAGUUCAGCAUGAUACUACAAUUGAGGAACUAAGUUAACACUACAUUAUUAAUAUAAUUCUGCAUUUGUACAGCAGAACAUUUCAUAACUUUUUCUGUUUUUGUAACUCAGAUAAGACAAUUUUAUUUUAGUAAGUCUUUGCAGGGAAGUUGGGGAUAGUGCAGUGUGGCUUGACAUCUCUUGACUAUAAAGAUUUGGCCAGGAAAAGGUACCCAGAGACAAAUUCUAAGAUAUUUAUAAUGGCCCAUAAUUUUUAGUUUAUGAAUCAAAUUCAAGUAUAACAUUGGCCAAGAAAAAUUAAAACUGUGGCUAAAAGGAGACAGAAGUCUGUGGUUGCAAAGACCCAAAGCAUUGAGAAGAAACAUUACUGCGAACUUGACAAGCUCAGCCCAGUCGUUAUUCGUGUAUUCACUCAAUGAGGAAGUGCCAAAGGUGUGCCAGGCGUUUCACUGGGUCCUGGCGCCCUGGGAACACUGUCUGCCUGGUUUGCUGCUGUAUUCUCUCCCAGGGCAUUAUAUAAUGUUUAUAAUGAAAAAUGCUGAGGAUUCAUUUCUUUCAGUCAAGUAAAGACCAGAGAAUCUAUAGAUUACUGCUGAAUAAACAACUCCCAGAAACCAAGGUUUUGGAAGAAUUAGCAGCCCCCAGCUUGAGAUAAAUCUCUAUCCAAGUGUCAGGAUAUGGCCAGGUAAACCUAACACUGCAAUUGCAGAACCAUGUCAGUUCAGGGUGAUAGCCUUCAAAUCAAU